CCCCAAACUCUUUAGGGUUUUAGCUAGGGUUUUAAUCUUUCCUUAAAUUACUUAAACUUGCAAUUAGGAUGUCUUCGAUUCUUUAUUCGUCAAUGAUUAAUAAAGUAAAAUCAAGCUUGUCAUCCAAUCUCCGCCGUUUUUCUACUGCAAUUCGUCGCUAUAUUGGAGAUGAAGGCGACUGGUUUUACUCCUCUGAGUGGUGGGGAACCGACUCCGGUUCAGAUGGUCAAACGGUUUUCCGAGCAGUUUCCGACAAAGGCAACGGUGUUGUCUCCGUCCUAGCUUACCCUUCUUCCAAACCAGACAACAUAUACUGGCACAAAACAGAGAGUUGGCUUCAGCAAAGAUUUGCUGAGAUACAUCCUUUCUGUGAAAACAAUGGAUUCAAGGUUAUUGGUUAUCAAUGGCGAACUCUUCACUUUAAUGAUGAUACUCGACAAAGCACGGUUAAAAUCAUGGCUGCUUAUGAGAAGUCCGAUCCUGCUUCUGUUUUCUAUAUGCAGCAGCCACAUUGUCUGGCUGUUCCAUAUGUGAAGAGCAUGAUAUCCGCUGGGUUAGUUACCAUCUCAUCUUGCAACUUUGAUCUCAAUAGUGCUAUUUGUGGGAAGAAAAUCAUGAAUGUAUUAUGCAUUGGUCAUGGUGGGGGAAGCAUACCUCUCUUUAUGGCCAGUAAAAUUGAAGGUGCCGUAGUUCACAUAGUUGAAAUUGAUCCCCUUGUUAUUUCAGCCUCAACUCAAGCAAUGGGGUUCCCACCAUUUGCAGUAAUGAUGAUGUCUGGGGAACGUGCUUGCCCAGAGCCUGAUCCCGUUAAUGAAGUAUUAUGGAAAGGGAUUCAUGAGAGACUCCUAUUAUACGAGUCAGAUGCUGAGAAAUUCAUUUCUGAGACAACCACCCUGUAUGACAUUGUUUUCAUUGAUGCCUAUGACAGUGACGACAUCUUUCCUCACAAACUAUGGGACCCACAUUCCCCAUUUCUUAAAACUCUAGCAAACAAGCUGCAUCCUGAGCAUGGAACAGUAGUCCUGAACCUUCAUUCAGAUACAGACUUGAGUGUUGAUACAUCUGUUUCACCUGUCUUCUCCGUUUUGCCAAUGGGGAAGUAUGUCUUUAGCGUGUGCAGAGCCUAUAAAGAUGUAUUGCUGGGGGAUAGGAGCUUGCAUGGUGGGUUGGCAUACACAGUUUCUGUGCCUUGGGUGUGUAAUACCUCCCUUGUUGUCUCUAGAGGUUUUGGAAAAGCUUGCAGCAGGAAUAUGGUUUUCAACUCCCUUCUGUCCUCAUCUUUGCAAGUUGAAAAUAUCCUUCAAUUGCCAUUUUCAUGUCUGCACUAUAUUAAAAGAGGUUUCACCCUUUUUGAUUGAUCAUCUAAGAUGGAGCUUAAUGAUUUUAACUUCUCAAAUGAGCUUGGAGGGGAUAAGUUGAGUUUGAUUAACUUUACACGUUCUCCAAGAACAAAAAACAGUAGUUGUGUUAAUAUAGAGGAAGAAAAGAAAUCAGAGCUCUCCCCUUGAUGGCAAACUUCGCAUGUGCACCAGGAGUUUGGAGGGUCAUCAUCUGGAGAUCUGCAGUUCAUGCAUCAUACAUGUCUGCUCUCGAGGUUUCUACUAAUUCUUGCACAAUGGACUCCUGGUGUGUUGUUGUUGUAUACUUGGCGUUAGUGCCUUCCAUCCUGCCAUUACAGUUGUGCUCACAAUUGAUAUGAGUUUUGACGUUUGUAUGUUCAAUCAAUCUAUAAAUAUACAUAAGUUAGCUUGAUUCUUC